GGUCCACUCAUCCGGUUACAGCAGCAGCGGCGGCGGCGGUAGCCAGAGCAAGAGCAGCGAUAGCUCCGGGUUUCCAGAACAGGAUCUGGGGCCUCGGCAGCAGCUCAGUGGGGCACCUGUGCGGAGCAGGAGUAGCAGGACGAGGGGGUGGGUUCGUGCCAGCCACUCUCUGAGCCUGAAGGAAGGGGCAUUUCCCAGCUGGGAUUCCACUGCUCGGCAGAAUCUCGGCAACGAGCUGGGAGCUGGGAGUACUGGUUGGGGGUAUAGACAUGUGCACGACCAGCUAGAGAGCUGGGGCCGGUAAACAUUUGGUCCAAGUGUAGAGAGGCAAGGAAAGCUGUGUCUGGGACCAUGACAGCCUCCCACCUGGACUUUGGAGAGGUGGAAAGUUUCCUGGACGGGCACCCAGAGUUGUUUGAAGAUUACUUGCUGCGGAAGGGGAAGCAGGAGAUGGUGGAGAAGUGGCUGCAGAGGCACAGUCAGAGUCAGGGGGCUUUAGGCCCAAGGCCGGCGCUGGCUGGCACCAGCAGCUUGGCUCACAGCGGUGACAGAGGCGGCGGCAGCAUUUGUGGUGGCGCUGGACCAAAUGGCUCUGCCAACAGCCAACCCACUCCAGGUGGCGGGGACUGUGGUGGGGUCCCCCUGAGUCCCAGCUGGGCUAGUGGCAGCCGGGGCAAUGGGAGCCUGCAGCGGAGAGCUUCUCAGAAAGAGCUAAGGAAGACUUUUGCCCGCUCCAAGGCCAUCCAUGUGAACAGGACCUACGAUGAGCAAGUGACCUCCCGGGCCCAGGAGCCGCUGAGCAGUGUGCGGCGGAGGGCACUUCUCCGGAAGGCCAGCUCCUUGCCCCCCACUACAGCCCACAUUCUCAGUGCCCUGCUGGAAUCGAGAGUGAAUCUGCCUCAGUACCCCCCUACAGCCAUGGACUACAAGUGCCACCUCAAAAAGCAUAAUGAGCGUCAGUUCUUCCUGGAACUGGUCAAGGAUAUCUCUAAUGACCUUGAUCUUACCAGCCUGAGCUACAAGAUCCUCAUCUUUGUCUGCCUCAUGGUUGACGCUGACCGCUGCUCUCUCUUCCUGGUGGAAGGGGCAGCUGCUGGCAAGAAGAGCUUGGUCUCCAAAUUCUUUGAUGUGCAUGCAGGAACCCCACUGCUGCCCUGCAGCAGCACAGAGAACUCAAACGAGGUGCAGGUCCCCUGGGGCAAAGGCAUCAUUGGCUAUGUCGGGGAGCAUGGAGAAACGGUCAACAUUCCUGAUGCCUACCAGGAUCGAAGAUUCAAUGAUGAAAUUGACAAGCUAACUGGAUACAAGACAAAAUCACUAUUGUGCAUGCCUAUCCGAAGUAGUGAUGGUGAGAUUAUCGGGGUGGCCCAAGCGAUAAAUAAGAUUCCUGAAGGUGCUCCAUUUACUGAAGAUGAUGAAAAAGAGGAAUUAUUUCCCAGGAGGCUCCUCCGUGUCUCAUGCAAGCAGACUCCUGACAAAUCCAGGCUGCCAGACGUUUCUCAGACAUGGGCCCACAACUCAGACAUGUCUCAAGUCUCCAUAUUAUAUCAGGCCUCCAUGUCUUUUUCUUCAUUAUUAGCUGCAGCUGUAGCAGCAAUGGUAGCAUAA